CAAUAAACCCACUAAAGAAAAAAAGAAAGAAAGAGCUCGCGAGUGAUGUGUUUGUGUAUCAUCAGUGUUUUUCUCUCUUGACUGUUUUAUUGAGUGUUUAAACAGAGUCUUGUCUCUGUGUAUUUUAGUGUUAAGAUGUUGAUGAGAGAUGAGAUGUGCUGUAAAUCAGUAGGAACUGAUCUGUCCAUGCUGGAUAUUGAUGAUUUCAUCACAGAAAUCUCUCAGCUGAAGAAAGAGGUGGCGUUACUGGAGACAAAGCUGAGAUUAAGAGGAGAUGAAGGACUGAAGAGAGAGGAUCUCAGUCUGUCUUUACUCUGUUAUACUGAGUCAAAGUCCACAGACGCUCAGGACACAACAGUGUGUGACAGUAAUGAGGGCUUACACGAGGAUCAAACCUCCACAGAGUCUCUGGAUUCUGUCUGUAACGCUGGAGAACAGCAGCAGAUCCUGCAGACCAAACUCAAGAUGUGUUCAGUCAAACUCAUUGACUUCAGGAACCUCAUGAUGAAGGUCAAAACUGAACCCGCAGAAAUAAUAUCUCAACCCACAGAAACAAAAACUGAACCCACAGAAACAAAAACUGAACCCACAGAAACAAAAACUGAACCCACAGAAACAAAAACUGAACCCACAGAAAUAAAAUCUGAAACCACAGAAGAGGAAGGUCACGAUGAUGAAAAUGAGGGUUGUGGUGAUGACGAUUUUAUUCCUUCAGAUGAGAGGAAUGAUUCAUGUUCUGAAGGAGAAAUAACGUCCUCAACAUCAAAAGAAAGACAUUUAGAGAGAAAAGACACAGAACAGAAACUCUUCACCUGCAGGACAUCUACCUUACAAGAGAAGAAACUUCAUUCAGAAGAUCACAGAGAGAUGAAGAAGAAGAGAAAGAAAAAGAAGUUUGACUGUCAGCAGUGUGAGAAGAAAUUUGACUUCUUAUCUCAGCUACAAGUUCACAUGAGGACACACAGUGGUGAAAAGUCUUUCCACUGCAGUGAAUGUGGCAAAUAUUUAAGCAGCAAACAAAAUCUUGAUGCUCAUCAAAGAAUUCACACUGGAGAGAAACCUUAUCACUGUAGUGUUUGUGGGAUGAGUUUCAGUCGACAUGAUGGUUUAGUGUUACACCAGAGAACUCAUACAGGUGAAAAACCUUACAAAUGCUCUCGGUGUGAGAGGACGUUUAAUAAGUCAGGCAACCUAAAUGCCCAUGAGAGACUUCAUAAUGGAGAGAAACCUCAUCUCUGUAGUUUUUGUGGGAAGAGUUUCAGUCGACAUUACAGUUUAGUGUCACACCAGAGAAUUCAUACAGGUGAAAAACCUUACAAAUGUUUUCAGUGUGAAAAGACGUUUACUCGUUUAGGUUCCUUAAAAGCCCAUGAGAGAGUUCAUACUGGAGAGAAACCUUACAAAUGCUCUCAGUGUGAGAAGAGGUUUCCUAAGUCAGGUCACUUAAAAAUCCAUCAAAGAAUUCACACUGGAGAGAAACCUUAUCACUGUAGUGUUUGUGGGAAAAAUUUCAGUCGACAUGAUAGUUUAAUAACACACCAGAGAACUCAUACAGGUGAAAAACCUUACAAAUGCUCUCGGUGUGAGAAGACUUUUACUCGUUUACGUUCCUUAAAAGCCCAUGAGGGUGGUAAGAGGUUCUGUGGUAAGAGCUUCUCUGAUCCAUUUCAUGUCAGAUUUCAUACUGGAGAGAAACCUCAUCACUCUAGUGUUUGUGAGAAGACAUCAAAUCGCAGCCAACGGUCCUCAGCUUCACAGCUCACAGCACAACGAGCCGCUGCAGCAGCUGAGCUAGCUGCAAAGGAGGCUGAAUAUGAGACUGUACUAGAGGAAUUAAGACAACAGGAAAGGAUAAAAGCUCUAGAAGAGGAGCACAAGAAACAAAUGGCAGCUCAAACAUCUGAGUUAGAACGCUUAAAGGCACAGAAGGACGUGAAGGCAGCUCGAGCUAGGUUUGAAGCAUAUGACAGAGAGUUAUCACAGGUGAAUUAUGUACAGUCAAUAAAAAGUGAACAGGUGAAACCAUACUUCAUACCCAAACAGCCCACAUCAGCACUUUCUUUCACUCCUGCGCAGACAACUCCACCUAAUGUCUCUCAACUAGCUCAAGCCAUACAGGACAGCAUUAAACUGAACAGACUUCCCACGCCAGAACCAACAGUGUUUAGUGGUGAAUCACUAAGCUUUAUUGAAUGGAAAUCCACGUUCAUAUCACUGAUUGAACAACAAGGCAUCUCAACAGCAGAUAAGUUGUACUAUUUAAAGAGAUAUGUAACGGGCCCAGCUCGAAAAUGCCUUGAAGGGACUUUUUUCCGAAACGAUGAGGAGGCAUACAAAGACGCUUGGGACAAAUUGAAUCAGAGGUACGGCCAGCCAUUCGUGAUACAGAAAGCAUUUAGAGAAAGGCUAGCAAACUGGCCUAAGGUUCAGCCUAGAGAUGCUGAUGGACUGAGAGCAUUUGCAGAUUUCAUAAAUGCAUGCUUACUCGCGAUGCCUCACGUAAAGGGUCUACAAAUACUCAAUGACAGCGAAGAGAACCAAAAACUGUUGCACAAACUACCAGACUGGUUAAACGCAAGAUGGAACAGGCAGGUAACAAAGACUUUAUUGGAGGGCGGAGAGUUUCCAAGUUUCAGCGCUUUUGCCUCUUUCCUCUCGCUAGAAGCCGAAGUCGCCUGUAAUCCCGUCACCUCCAUUCAUGCACUUCGCUACACUGAAACAAACAGCGACAAAAGGUACACAAAGGAAAUCAAAGGAAACAAGGCAAGUGUAUUUAACACAAAUACAACUGUAGAAAGUGAUAAAAGGAUGAUAACAAAAAUACCUAACGGCUCACCAUGCACAAUGUGCCAAGGCACCCAUCAACUUCACCAGUGCCCUGACCUCUUGAAAAUGUCCCUAGAAAACAUAAGGAAAUAUGUGAAAGACAAUAGACUUUGUUAUGGUUGUCUAAAACAAGGACACAGCGCUAAGGACUGCAAACGCCGCCUCACCUGUGAAACUUGCACAAAGCGACACCCAACGUGUCUUCAUGAUGAAAAUUACAGGAACAGUCUGCAAAGAGAAACACGUGUAAACACAAUCAAUGCAACUCAAGUUAACUUACCUGAAACAGCAACAGCCAUGUCACUUAACGUUGCCAGAUCUGAACAGUCAGUCAGCACUUCAAUGAUUGUUCCAGUGUGGCUCUCGACGACCACCAACCCACUCAAAGAAAAACUGGUCUAUGCGUUACUGGACACACAGAGUGACACUGUUUUCAUCAAUCAGGAUGUCACGCAUGAGCUGCAGGCAGAUGUUUGUCCAGUGAAGCUGAAACUUACUACGAUGAUGGGUAAAAAUGCAGUUGUAAGCAGUGGAAAGGUGUCUGAUCUUUUAGUGAGAGGGUAUAACUCAGCCACAGUCAUAAAGCUCCCCACUGCAUACACAAAGGAUUACAUACCUGCUAACAGAGAACACAUACCUACCUGUGAAACUGCCAAACAGUGGAGUCACUUGCUACCGAUAGUAGAUGAGAUCCCUCCACUUCUCAGUUGUGAAGUAAGUCUCCUCAUAGGUUAUAGUUGUCCUAGAGCUCUUGCACCAAAACAAGUAAUCUUAGGCAAAGAAAACGAGCCCUAUGCCAUUCACACUGAUUUGGGAUGGAGCAUAAUUGGCAACUCGACACCAGACGGCGAAACAGACAUGGCGAGCAGCCUCUGUCACCGAGUCACUGUUAAAGAAAUCCCUCCCUCCACUCCAGCAGAUGCAAUACGUGCGCUGGAAAGAGAUCGCAAGGAGAUCAACGGAAAUGAAAGGACUGUGUCACAAGAUGACUUAAUAUUCCUUCAGAAUCUCGAGCAUGGCAUAACACGGACUGAAAAUGGACAUUUUGAAAUGCCAUUAACAUUUAAAGAAAAAACACAAAUGCCAGAUCACAGACAACUCGCUGAACAUACAAACCUUAGUGUCCGGCUCACAAAGUUCUCAUCCUGGUCCCGUGCAGUCAGCGCAGUCGCACGUCUCAGACGAUACCUGCUCAAAGACAAAUCAAAUACACUCACAACUGUGACUGAAAGACAAAACGCAGAGACUGUGAUUAUCAAAGACCUGCAAAGACACGCAUACCAAAAUGAAAUAGAGACAUUAAGCAAAGGCAAACAGCUUUCAAAGAACAACAAGAUGUACAACUUGGAUGUCUUUUUGGACAAGGACAAUGUGCUCAAGGUGGGAGGAAGGCUCCAUCACUCAUCGCUGCCCAGCUCAUUUAAACAUCCAACAAUCAUACCGAGAGAACAUCACAUCACAAAACUGAUAAUUGCUCACUGUCACGAAAGGGUCAAUCAUCAAGGAAAGGGCUUCACAAUGAACGAGAUACGAUCCAAUGGCUAUUGGAUUCCAAAGUUGAGUCAAACGGUUGCAUCCUACAUUCGCCAGUGUGUGUUUUGUCGGAAACAAAGGAGACCUGUGGAAGGACAAAAAAUGAGAGACUUACCCACAGAAAGAAUUGAACAAUCUCCACCUUUCACAUACUGUGGAAUGGACGUUUUUGGACCGUUCCUGACAAAACAAGCAAGGAAAGAAUAUAAAAGAUUUGUUUGUGUAUCAUCAGUGUUUUUCUCUCUUGAGUGUUUAAACAGAGUCUUGUCUCUGUGUAUUUUAGUGUUAAUGAUGAGAGAUGAGAUGUGUUGUAAAUCAGUAGGAACUGAUCUGUCCAUGCUGGAUAUUGAUGAUUUCAUCACAGAAAUCUCUCAGCUGAAGAAAGAGGUGGCGUUACUGGAGACAAAGCUGAGAUUAAGAGGAGAUGAAGGACUGAAGAGAGAGGAUCUCAGUCUGUCUUUACUCUGUUAUACUGAGUCAAAGUCCACAGACGCUCAGGACACAACAGUGUGUGACAGUAAUGAGGGCUUACAGGAGGAUCAAACCUCCACAGAGUCUCUGGAUUCUGUCUGUAACGCUGGAGAACAGCAGCAGAUCCUGCAGACCAAACUCAAGAUGUGUUCAGUCAAACUUAUCGACUGCACGAACCUCAUGAUGAAGAUCAAAACUGAACCCACAGAAAUAAAAACUGAACCUAUAGAAAUAAAAUCUGAACUCACAGAAGAGGAAGAUCAUGAUGAUGAAAAUGAGGGUUGUGGUGAUGAUUUUACUCCUUCAGAUGAGAGGAAUGAUUCAUGUUCUGAAAAAGAAAUAACGUCCUCAACAUCAAAAGAGAGAAAACACACAGAACAGAAACUCUUCACCUGCAGAACAUCUGAGAUCAACUUUACUACCUUACAAGAGGAGAAACUUCAUUCAGAAGAUCACAGACAGAAGAAGAAGAAGAAGUUUGACUGUCAGCAGUGUGGAAAGAAAUUUGACUUCUUAUCUCAGCUACAAGUUCACAUGAGGACACACAGUGGUGAAAAGUCUUCCCACUGCAGUGAAUGUGGCAAAUAUUUCAGCAGUAAACACAAUCUUGAUGCUCAUCAAAGAAUUCACACUGGAGAGAAACCUUAUCACUGUAGUGUUUGUGGAAAGAGUUUCAGUCGACAUGAUGGUUUAGUGUUACACCAGAAAACUCAUACAGGUGAAAAACCUUACAAAUGCUCUCGGUGUGAGAGGACGUUUAAUAAGUCAAGCAACUUAAAAGACCAUGAGAGAAUUCAUACUGGAGAGAAACCUUAUGUCUGUAGUAUUUGUGGAAAGAGUUUUAAACAUCAUAACUGUUUAGUUAUACACCAGAGAACUCAUACAGGUGAGAAACCUUACAAAUGCUCUCAGUGUGACAAGAGGUUUAAUCAGUCAGGCAACUUAAAAGCCCAUGAAAGAAUUCAUACAGGUGAAAAACCUUACAAAUGCUCUUGGUGUGAGAGGACGUUUACCAAGUCAAGCAACUUAAAUGCCCAUGAGAGACUUCAUACUGGUGUGAAACCUCAUCUCUGUAGUUUUUGUGGGAAGAGUUUCAGUCGACAUUACUGUUUAGUGUUACACCAGAGAAUUCAUACAGGUGAAAAACCUUACAAAUGUUCUCAGUGUGAGAAGACGUUUACUAAGUCAAACACCUUAAAAGCCCAUAAGAGUGUUCAUACUGGAGAGAAACCUUACAAAUGCUCUCAGUGUGAGAAGACAUUUCCUAGGUUAAGUCACUUAAAAAUCCAUCAAAGAAUUCACACUGGAGAGAAACCUUAUCACUGUAGUGUUUGUGGGAGGAGUUUCAGUCGACAGGAUGGUUUAACAGCACACCAGAGAACUCAUACAGGUGAAAGACCUUACAAAUGCUCCCGGUGUGAGAAGACUUUUACUCGUUUACGUUCCUUAAAAUCCCAUGAGAAAUCCCAUGAGGGUGGUAAGAGCUUUUGUGGUAAGAGCUUCUCUGAUCCAUUUCAUGUCAGAGUUCAUAUUGGAGAGAAACCUCAUCACUCUAGUGUUUGUGAGAAGAGUUUAAAAGCCGGGUGCACGAUUUCUGAAAGUCAAUCCAGUAGGAGAAAGAAAGAGCUCGCGAGUGAUGUGAUUGUGUAUCAUCAGUGUUUUUCUCUCUUUAGUGUUUUAUUUAGUGUAAACAGAGUCUUGUUUCUGUGUAUUUUAGUGUUGAUGAUGGAUGAGAUGUGCUGUAAAUCAGUAGGAACUGAUCUGUCCAUGCUGGAUAUUGAUGAUUUCAUCACAGAAAUCUCUCAGCUGAAGAAAGAGGUGGCGUUACUGGAGACAAAGCUGAGAUUAAGAGGAGAUGAAGGACUGAAGAGAGAGGACUCUGAGCUCAGUCUGUCUUUACUCUGUUAUACUGAGUCAAAGUCCACAGACGCUCAGGACACAACAGUGUGUGACAGUAAUGAGGGCUUACAGGAGGAUCAAACCUCCACAGAGUCUCUGGAUUCUGUCUGUAACGCUGGAGAACAGCAGCAGAUUGACUACACGAACCUCACGAUGAAGAUCGAAACUGAACCCACCGAAAUAAAAACUGAACCCACAGAAAUGAAAACUGAACCCACGGAAAUAAUAACUGAAGCCACAAAAGAGGAAGAUCAUGAUGAUGAUGAAAAUGAGGGCUGUGGUGAUGAUUUUAUUCCUUCAGAUGAGAGGAAUGAUUCAUGUUCUGAAGGAGAAAUAACGUCAUCAACAUCAAAAGAGAGCAAACACACAGAACAGAAACUCUUCACCUGCAGAACAUCUGAGAUCAACUUUACUACCUUACAAGAGGAGAAACUUCAUUCAGAAGGUCACAGAGAGAAGAAAAAGAAGUUUGACUGUCAGCAAUGUGGGAAGAAUUUUGACUUCUUAUCUCAGCUACAAAUUCACAUGAAGAGACACAGUGGUGAAAAGUCUUUCCACUGCAGUGAAUGUGGCAAAUAUUUCAGCAGCAAACACAAUCUUGAUGCUCAUCAAAGAAUUCACACUGGAGAGAAACCUUAUCACUGUAGUGUUUGUGAAAAGAGUUUCAGUCGAUAUGAUAGUUUAGUGUCACACCAGAAAACUCAUACAGGUGAAAAACCUUACAAAUGCUCUCAGUGUGAGAGGACAUUUACUAAGUCAGGCAACUUAAAAGCCCAUGAGAGAAUUCAUACUGGAGAGAAACCUUAUGUCUGUACUGUUUGUGGAAAGAGUUUUAAUCAACAUAACCGUUUAGUUAUACACCAGAGAACUCAUACAGGUGAGAAACCUUACAAAUGCUCUCAGUGUGACAAGAGGUUUAAUCAGUCAGGCAACUUACAAGCCCAUGAGCGAGUUCACAAGGGAGAGAAACCUUAUCUCUGUAAUGUUUGUGGGAAGAAUUUUACACAACAAUACAGUUUAGUGACACACCAGAGAAUUCAUACAGGUGAAAAACCUUACAAAUGCUCUCGGUGUGGGAAGAUGUUUGCUUUAUUAAGUACCCUAAAAACCCACGAGAGAGUUCACACUGGAGAGAAACCUUAUGUCUGCUUGAUCUGUGGUAAGAGCUUCUUAAGUUUCCCUUCUUUCAGCUAUCAUCACAGACUUCACACUGGAGAAAAACCUUACAAAUGCUCUUAUUGUGAGAAGACGUUUACUCAGUCAGGCAACUUAAAAGCCCAUGAAAGAAUUCAUACUGGAGAGAAACCUUAUCAUUGUAGUGUUUGUGGGAAGAGUUUCAAUCGACAUGAUCGUUUAGUAACACACCGGAGAAUUCAUAUCUUGUGACUACAACUGAUUGAUUAUGAACUUUAUUUAUGCUUUGUGUUUUGAAUUGGCUUUCGUAUUAUGAUGCUCUUACCUUGCUAAUAAAUUGUCAUUUUGGAUUUA